AAUUCUCCUUACUGUCUGCAAUACAAUUCUUCUAAGGUUAGUUCGCAGAAUUUUGCAUUGGAGGAACUAACUAUCCCAAAUUGUUAUUUUUCUUUAUUCUCAUCACUUGUCUGCUUGAUAUUGUGUAGAUAUUUUAAGGAAAAAAUUCUGCCAUGGUCAGUUAUGGUUGUUAAAGGGUUAAGGUCUUGUCUAAAACAUUCACCCCCAAGAGCCCUUCAAUUCUUGCUUGGGCAUUGCUGGCUUAGGGACAAGAAUUUAAUGAGCAGUAUGACAGUGGAACUUUUUUUUCACCAGUUUAUGAUAUCUGUGUUGAAAAGCAUGGCAUCAACCACCCAGAUGACAAGUGCACAUCAUAUGAAAAAGCAUUCCUCUUCUAAAGUUAGCCCAAGUUCAAGUGAGCACAAGCACUCAAGAUCCAAACAUGUCUGUGGUUCCAAAACAGAGCAUUCCAAGAGAAGGAAAGAGCAGUUAAAUGACCCUAACAUUGCCAUUAUUUCAAAGAACAGAAUUACAAGACAACUGGGUAUAUACAACAAGGCCAAAAGAUCCAACACAAUUUUGAGAGAGAAUCUCAAGCAAAAAAUAUGUAAAAAGAAAUUUGAAAAUGUCAAGGCAAAAACUGCAGAAGAUAUGGCUAAAGUACUUGAUUGUUCCUCCUUCAAAAUAUACUUAUCUCGCAGUGGCAGUCUGCAAGAAGGUCAAGAUUCUCCAGUCCAGCACAUUUCUGGAGAACGAGAUUCUCUAAUACAGAGCUCUGCUGGUAGCAGUAAAACUCAGAGCUCUUGCAGUUCCACUGGUAGAUACAGCAACCCUGACAAAAGUAGAAUUACCCCAGUGCAAAGGAUUACUCCUAGACAGAUUGCACCUCAAAGUGAAUCUAUGCUAGCAUUUAAGACACCACUACAAGAAAUAUCAGAACAUUUAACUGAAUCCUUGAGACCCUUGGAGACAUUUCAUGGAAGAAACUACUUGGUUGAAGUCCAGGAACAACUGAGAAAAAUGAUUAAACAAAGCCAAACACAAAGUACUGCAAACAAUGUUGGAGUAACCUCUCAAGUCCAAAAGCGAUGUCUUAAAAGAAAAUCAAAAGAUGAAAUUGCAGCUUCAACUGGGUACAUAGGAAAUGAGAAACAUCACUGUGAUGACUGCCUGCUUCAAAAUGAACAGCACAAGAAUUUGGCUGCCAUGGAGAGUCAGUCGCUGAAGACAAAAGCACAGCAAGUCAAAGUAACUCAAGUAGUUUCUACCAAUGCUUCAAGAGUUUAUUCCUGUACAGAAACAGUUCAACCAAAAGAAUACCAGGAUCCAUGCCCUAGUGCUGUGGAGAAAGAGGCAAGACAUAAGGAGGAAAAGGACCAUAACUAUUUGUAUGUCAGUGAUGUUCGCCGAUGUUUGUUUGAACAAAGAAACUGUCAGUUUCCAACUACUGAUACAAAAGUGUAUGCUUCUUCAAACAACAGUUCCUCAUUGGACAUUCUAGACUUUCUUGAUGGAGUUGAACAGGAAUCAAAUGUUGUGAACAGUCAACAACACAAAGGUUAUGAGACCCCUAACCCACAACUUGUUUCUCCUCCAAAAAAGCCAAAUCUAAAAUCACCAAUUCCUGAGAAGAGAUUCUAUCCCCACAAGCUGUACUAAUUGGAUAAAUUUAUUAAAAUAAUAAUUGCAAGCACAGAGACAAGUGAGGAAGUACUUUAGGUUUUGUCCAGUUUCAUCUGAAGGAAGAUUGGAUUUCAUGAUUUUACUGGAUAUCAAAAAGAUUCGGAUUGGUUGGUAUAAUUGACACCCUAACAGUUUAAUGGAUUCUCUCCUCUUGGGAGAAGUAUGGAUGACCAUAGAAGUGUGUUGUAUCAGCAACCACAAGCAAAAGGAGAUGUGAGGGAUCAUAAUAUUUUGUGGUUUCUUAUAAAUAAAUGUGACUCCUGAAGUCAUCAAAUUGAUGGAAAAUGACAUUAUUUCAAAACUGACGUCUUAAGCUGUAUUGUGUAUAUUGUGUCAUUUAAAAGUUGUUUUAAAGACUUUUUUUUGUACAUAUUUAUAUGGUAUUACUGGAAAUUAAAUACAGUUUUAGCGACUCUUCAUUGAGGCAAUUAACAAUCGAAACUUAUUUGUUGGACCCCUAAAUCACUGAGUACACAGAAUACAUUUAAAUAC